GCUUGGUGACCAAAAGAAAUUUCUGAAAUUUUUCCUGGUUUACUGAACUCUUCUAUUUUCACAAAAUUGUUUUUCUGUCUAGGUGUGUCAUAAAGCGUAUUUGGAACUUUGCGAAUGCGGCUCACUGGUUCAUGUACAUUGUCCAAAUGGAGUGUACGUGAUUGGCGACCUGAAUGCCAGCAAUUAUAUUGACGAUGCGCCACAAGCUCUUCAUACUAUUAUGUUCCUACUGUUGCUGAAGAUACGCUUCCCGCGACGCAUAAUCCUUCUGCGUGGCAAACAUGAAAUUUGGGAAAUCAACAAGAAGUUUGGACUUCGCAAAGAA